UUAAGCAAGACCAUUUUGACGGUCGUUUCGCCGCCGCGUUUAUCGCCAUUCGUCAAAUAUGAAAGAUAACAGGCGGAAAAGGCGGCGGCAAAAACUGAUCGUCUGCAACGAGAACGAUGUGAACUCCGUCGAGACAGCGAUUGAGAAUGAAAAUGCUGAGCUUCCGAUGGGAAGGGCGCUCUGGAAGAUUGACAGCAUGGAUGAAAAAACAUCGGAGCAGUUUUCUUCGAAAGAGUUUAUAAUGAGGGAUCUUUCUUUGGAGAGGACGCGCUUGAAACUACAGGAACUACAAAGCGGAUUCAUAGAAGAUAUGGAAGAAAAGAUGCAACGUGUCUUGGCGGACGUAAUUAAAGAAGUGGGAAACCCUGAAAACGACCAAAAACUGUUCGACGAAAGCCUGAACUGUUUGGAUAAAAUGAAACCAACGAGAGAAGGCGCUCUGCCUGACAAACAAUUUUUGACCCGCAACUCGUUACUCACCGACCUCUUUGAAAUAAAGCACAUCCGGACCAUUUACCACAUUUUUGUGGCCAUCCUCAUCAUUUUGUUCUUGAAUACUCUAAUUUACGACUUGACGGAUACUGGAAGGCCUAAAUUCGGCUUUGGCCUGAUCCUGUGGAAUUUUGGUGAUAUUAAAACUGUGAUAAUGAUCUGGAUCUGCAUGAUGGCAGGAGUGUUUUCCCUUUACCUCAUGUUUCACUUUUAUGCGAGCAACCGUCACAAGGUUCCUUUAAAACACUUAAAAUUGUGGGACCAGUGUUGGUUGGGUGCUUUUAUUUUAUACGUCUGUGCGCUGCUUUUUUUCCCCUUGGCGAGUGUGCUGGAACACAAUUUGCCGCCUGCGUCUUCCCUGAUCGUGCUAAUGGAAAAGAUUCGGCUCAUGAUGAAAAGUUAUGCGUUUGUCCGGAGCAAUACGCCCAAGGUGUUGGCCUAUCAACCUAAAGACUCUAACAACGACAAACAGUCCCAUUCUCCGUGCCCCGGCUUUUCGCAAUUCCUCUACUACUUAUUUGCACCCACUCUGGUCUACAGAGACUGCUACCCAAGAACGGACAGCGUGCGGUGGCGCGUGGUUGCUUGGAGUUUUACGGAAGUGAUCGGAAUCAUCUUCUACGUGAGCUUCAUUUUCGAGCGGUUGCUUAAGUUUCAAUUUGAACAUUUCGGCAAGAGUCGCAUCGAGAGCAAAGACGUGAUCGUGUCGAUUUUCAACACCAUGAUGCCGGCCACGCUGGCCAUGCUGUGCGCCUUUUUCUGCCUGCUGCACUCGUGGCAAAACGCCUUCGCGGAAAUGCUGUGCUUCGCCGACAGAAUGUUUUACAAGGACUGGUGGAACUCGACUUCCUUCAGCACCUACUACCGCACGUGGAAUGUCGUCGUUCACGACUGGCUUUACACCUACGUCUACAAAGAUUUUUCCGAGAACGUGAUGCCCAACGACAGGGUGAUGCCUAAGCUGAUGGUUUUCGCCAUUUCCGCGCUUUUUCACGAGUACAUCCUCACAUUCACCUUCAGAUACUUCUAUCCCGUGAUGCUGUUCAUGUUUGGUGGAGCUGGAGUUGCGCUGACUUUUGUGCAGAGGAAAGGAGCGGGAGGAAAUAUUUUCAUGUGGUUGUCUCUGUGCAUGGGCACGGGACUGUUUCUCAGUCUGUACACAAUGGAGUGGUACGCCAGGAUCAAUUGCCCCAAGGAACUGGGCUAUUGGGCAGAUCUGAUUGUUCCGCGCUCAUGGACUUGCAACUUUAUGAAGCAAUAAAAAUGUUUCAGUUAUCUUGUUUAAAUAAAUUAAAUUAUUGAA